AUGAGCGUUAAUCAAAGCAAAGUCAUCAAUGCUACUUCUCCAUACUACUUGCAUUCGUCUGAUAAUCCAGACUUGAUUUUUAUGACACACCUUAUUAGUGAAAGUGGAGAUAAUUGUUUCACGUGGAGGCGUAGCUUUAUAAAUGAGAUCUAUUACAAAAACAAAGCAAGUUUUGUGGAUGGAACGAUACAAAAACCAGAUGUUGAUUCUCUGGAUUUACAGUCAUGGAUACAAUGCAAUGCAGUGGUUCUUUCAUGGCUUACAAAUGCACUUGCUAAGGAGCUUCAAGGUAGUGCUGCUCAUGUGAAACUACAUGAGAAAUAUGGAUAUAUUUGGAAGAAAGAUUUUACUCAAGGAAUUGUGUCGAGAGUCUACAAGUUGAAGCUCACCAUAGCUCUUUUACAACAAGAGAAAUCCUCAAUCUCGUGUUAUUGCGGUAAAUUAAAAACCAUUUGGGGAGAGUUACAGGGUUUCAAUUUGGUCCCGUCAUGCAAAUGUGGAUGUACCUAUGGUGCUACAAAAAGGAUGCAAUUUAUGCGUGAGGGAGAAAAGGUUUUUGAUUUUUUGAUGGGACUUGAUGAAGUAUAUUCAACUGUGCGGUCACAAAUAUUAAGUGUUGACCUAUUGCCAAAUCUUGGAAGAGCUUACGCCAUUGCAGCACAAGAAGAGAAGCAACGUUUGGUCGUUGACUUAUCCUCAAGGAAGCUGAUUGGAGUGGGUAGAGAGUGGAAUGGUCUUUAUUACUUGGAGACGAUGAGAGGGGAGAGGGCAUUGAUAGCUAGCGAUUCGGUUAAUGCAAGUUUAUGGCAUUGA